AUGGAGGAGCGUUUGGAUGUGGAGGAACAACGUGAAGCUUCACUUCCUAAUGAUGGAAUAAUCGACGACAAGAAUGUCGUUGUGCUCCUGACCAACGAAUUGACGCCAAUACCGAACGUCACAAGUACUUUAAUGGAUAGCAUUCAUAUCACCUUGACAGAAAGUAAGGAGUGGCAACAACUCUACGAGGCUGUAGUGAUGUUGCGUCGUGUGAUGGUAUACCACAGUGAAGUGAUUACAACGCAUCACAUUGAAAGUUUCGUACGUUUGCUUGCUGCGGAGAGCGACAGUCUUCGCUCAGCUCCAUCCAAAAACGGAUUGCUGGCAUGCGCUGAAUGUUUUGAGUUUGUACCUCGUUCGAUUCAAGAGCGUACGUUGCUUAGUAGUUCUCAUCCUGAGAUGCUUGACGUUCUUUUACGUCGGUCUGUUUGUGAAAAGAAGUUCUUACGCGAUAUGGCACUUUUUGCAAUGCAAAAACUUGCAACGCACCUCGCUGGACUCCCGCUUUUAACUGCAGUAGCUCGAUAUGGAACCAACAAGAAUGGCAAGUUGUGUGGCUCGGCUGCAAAGCUCAUUGCACUAAGUCUUGAAUGUUUAGUUCAAACUUAUCACGCGAUUUCGUAUAAAACCAAUGGGUCUUUUAAAACUACUUUUCGAGCUUUAGCAGCCUUUCGAGAGAGCAAAGAUGCAAGCGCACGAUUCGAGGCAACAAGAAGUUUGCAACUUCUGUGUGCAGUGCUAGGCGCCAAAACGUUUGAAUUAGGCUUGAAAGACGCUUUAUCUGGACCUAAUCAAGCAGGAAUUGUUGCACGCAUUCUUAAAGAUGCUUGCACUGCUGCUAGCGUAACAAGACCCCGCGCUCAGAUGAGAUCGCUACGAGACCGCGUACAACAGGAUUCAAAUGCGCGCACAGGAAUAUUGACAAAUUGUUACUGA